CAACCGAAUUUUGAAAUCCACAUCCGAAGGACGCCGGCACCGUCCGUUUGACAGCUGUCAAUGUGCGACUCCGAAGGUUUAUUGUUUUUGUGCUGCUGCGGAUUUUAUAAAUUUCACAGUUUCCUGUAAUCCGUAGAGAAAAUAAGACGACUCGCGGAACCAUGAGCGACGGUGAGCAAAGUGAGGAUGGACAGGUGAAGAGCGGCGUCGAGCUGAGCCCCUCGGAGGACGAAGAAACGAACGAUUCGCUCGACAUCAAGCCACCGCAGGCGAGCAGCAGCAGUUCGGCCUACUACGGUACCAGCGGCAGCCAGAAACGGAAGGACAAAAAGACGAAAGAUCGAAGCCACCGUCACCGUGGGAUGGUGCAGGAACGUGAGCGAGAUCCGCGGGACCGAGGUGAUGGUGGUCGCGGACGAGACCACUACCGUGAACGGGAACACUACGCAUCGCUAUCCGCCUCAUCCCGGGAGCAGCAACACCGCUCGGGCCGCGGCUCAACGACGACGAUGACGGUGGGUAGCAGCAGCAGCGGCGGUGGCGGUGCUAGUGGUGGCGGCAGUGGCCGUGACCGGGGCCGUGAACCUGCGCAGCGUGACAGCAAGCAUCACUCGACGCGCUACGAGAUGAAUCCGUUCUACGGUGAAAUGCGUGAAACGUAUCACAGCAAGCGGGAACGCGAUCGUGACUACCGCGAUGACCGAGAACGGGACCGGGACCGGGACCGGGAACGCGAGUACCGUGCCAUGCGUGAACGUGAGCGCGAGCGAGACUACGAACGGGCUCGCGAUCACGGUGAAAAGCAAAGACGCCAACCGACGGACUCUUCCUCCGCCCUCGGCGACAGCUUGAUGAAGACCCAGGAUCAGGACAAACUACUCGAGGACCUGCGGACCCGGUUACUGAACAAGAAAAGUCGCUACGAUUCAAAGCACCGUGAACGCGAACGUGAAAUGGCACCGGCAUCCGGUACCGGUGAAAUAGCCGAUGCCUACAUGGAUGAACAGGAGCACUACGAGCAGAAGCGUGAAUCGAAACGCGAUCACCGGCAUGCGCAUGCCGCUAGUGGACGCCAUCGGGGUGAUCCGGAUGAUCGUGAGCGACGCCAUCGCGAACGACGUUACGAUUCCCGGGGCCUGGAUGUGGUCGAGAUUAUCGAAAGUCCCGAUCAUCAUCAACAACGUCAUCAUUACCAGCAGCAUGAGCAAGAAGCAGCGCAACAUCAGAGUAUGCCACGUACGGCGGAGGAGAAGGAACAGGAUGCUCGACGUGCGAAGCUACUGGAAGCCGAUCGUGAGAUGCUCCGCCGGAAGGAAGCGGCACGGGAUGAGCUAAAGGCACGCCGGCAGCACAAGGAAGAGGAACAUCCGAGGGGCCAUGACGAUACGGACGAGUCGGAUGAUGAGAUAAGCGAGGAGGAGCUAAACGAGGAGCACGUGGAAGCAGAGGAAGAUGCCGAUGUGGUGAUGCUGAGUGGUGAUGAGGAACAGCUGCGACGGGAACGGCGUGCCAAGAAACGAUCGCGCCACCGAAGACAUCGUCAUCGCGAGCGUCGCAAUCGAACGACGAAAGAGGAUGUUGAGGCCGAUCACCAUCCGGAGGAUGAUGGUGCUGGUGGUGGUUCACGGAGACCUUCGGACUCCGAGACGAGCAGCAGUGACGCUUCCGAUCGGUCGGAUGGUGACGAAGAGGACGAAGAGCAUGCCCCAGUAAGCCCACUAUCGGUUGGAGAGCUUGCAAAGUCCGAUCGCCGGCAUCGACGGAGCGAUUCCGCCGCUUCCUAUCGCUCACGAUCACAUUCCAACACGCGAUCGGGUUCGGGAUCCGUGUCACGAUCGCGUAGCCGUUCCCGUAGUCCCGUGGCAGCACGCCAUCGCCAUCGACACCACGAGGAAAGCCAUAGCGAUGGUAGCAGUCGAAGUCGAUCACGUGACGAUCAAGCAAAUCGAGGUGAUCAUCGGCGACGGGGAAAGCCUGACGGAGGCGAGGAUGACAACGAUGAUGCGCAGGGUGCCGCCGAUGGUGAUGUUGCAGUUGUUGGUGAUGGACGAUCACAGAAGAAAGCACGUCGCGAUCAUACCGAGGGGGAUGCUGCUGCCGGUGGUGGCGGUGACGACGAUGAUGAUGAUGAUGAUGAUGCCGGUGGUUCAUCUUCGGGUGAGGUGGAGGUAAAGAACCGAUUGCCACCGUACUAUCCGGGCAUUCAGGGUUGCCGAUCGGUCGAAGAGUUCCUGUGCUUGAACCGCAUCGAAGAGGGCACGUACGGGGUGGUGUACCGGGCGAAGGACAAACGUACCGAAGAGAUCGUCGCACUGAAGCGACUGAAGAUGGAGAAGGAAAAGGAAGGCUUCCCGAUAACGUCGCUGCGCGAGAUCAACACCCUGUUGAAGGGCCAACAUCCGAACAUUGUGACCGUGCGUGAGAUUGUGGUAGGAAGCAACAUGGACAAGAUCUUCAUCGUGAUGGAUUACGUCGAGCACGAUCUCAAAUCGCUGAUGGAAACGAUGAAACACAAGAAGCAGGUGUUUCUGCCAGGUGAGGUCAAAUGUUUGACGCAGCAGUUGCUCCGUGCAGUUGCCCAUCUGCACGAUAACUGGAUACUGCACCGGGAUUUGAAGACCUCCAAUCUGUUGCUAUCGCACAAGGGCAUCCUGAAGGUGGGUGAUUUUGGGUUGGCGCGCGAAUACGGAUCACCACUGAAGCCGUACACCUCGAUCGUCGUUACGCUCUGGUACCGUGCACCGGAGCUUCUGCUCUGCUGCAAGGAAUACUCAACACCGAUCGAUAUCUGGUCCGUCGGUUGUAUAUUCGCCGAGUUCCUGUCGAUGGCCGCCCUAUUCCCCGGUAAAACCGAGAUCGAUCAACUGAAUCGCAUCUUCAAAGAUCUGGGCACACCGAACGAAAGGAUCUGGCCCGGCUACAACGAACUGCCGGCCGUCCAGAAGAUGACCUUCACCGAGUAUCCGGUGUCGAAUUUGCGCAAAAAGUUCGCUCACCUAACGAGUGAGCUUGGCAUUGGGUUGCUGCAGGGACUGUUAACGUUCGAUCCGAAGCAACGGUUAACAGCGGAGGCCGCCCUACAGCAUAACUACUUCCGCGAGCUACCAUUGCCGAUUGAUCCGGCCAUGUUCCCGACCUGGCCGGCAAAGAGCGAACUGGGGCUGAAAAAGGCGCUUGCCUCGAGCCCCAAACCGCCCAGCGGUGGUGGAGAGUUUAAGAAACUGGGCGAUGAUGCGGUACCGGAGAGUGCAGCGGCGAUGGCCGGUGGAUUCCAUCUCGGUGUGCCGUUCGCUGAGUCACGCCAGCUAGCCAUGGGACCCGGGUUCAGUCUGAAGUUCUGAGGUCACGAGUUGUCAACCGGGUUCGGAGCUAUCGGUAAGCCGUAGUGACCGCAGAACCCAGGUUGACCGAGUUAAUCCACGAUCCAUUGAGCGAACUGGUUCGAUGGCAAGUGAUUGUGCAUCUUUUUAAAGUAAAUAAUAACAGUAACCGUAAGCAAGCAUGUAUCUUAUGCAAUGGUGAUGUAGGUUGUUAAAUGGACGAACAGCAUUUCCACAGUUGAAUGAAAAUGUAUAUCGUAACUUUCCUCUAUCUCUCACUCUCUCUCGCAGAUAAAAAUUGUAAAAUAAUAAUAAACAAAAUGCAUAGAAAUGCAUUAAAGGCAUCAACAAAUGUGAGUAACAAUUUAAUAUUGCAAAGAGGAUAGGCGAAGUAAACAAAAAGUUAAAAUUUAAGUCCAUUUAACCGACACAAUACUUAAAAUCAAGCCAUUAAGACUUAGUUCACACAAUUGAUAUCAGUUUAGUUAACAAAAAAAAAUACAGAAAUCAACUAAUGGAAGUGCAUCAGUAGCAUAUAGUUGACAAUCGUAGUAGGUAUAAACAAAUAAAAAGAACAAAUUCAAUAUAUUCCAUCUA